CAAUCAGCGUCCCCGCGGCUCCCGGUUCUAAAGUCCCCACGGACCCGCCCGGACUCGGAUUCUCCCCAGACCCGGGGAUCCCGGCCAUGGCGCCGCGAACUCUCCUCCUGCUGCUCUCGGGGGCCCUGGCCCUGACCCAGACCCGGGCGGGCUCCCACUCCCUGAGGUAUUUCAGCACCGCCGUGUCCCGGCCCGACCGCGGGGAUUCCCGCUACAUUGAAGUCGGCUACGUGGACGACACGCAGUUCGUGCGCUUCGAUAGCGACGCCCCGAAUCCGAGGAUGGAGCCGCGGGCGCCGUGGGUGGAGCAGGAGGGGCCGGAGUAUUGGGAGGAGCAGACGCGGAACUCCAAGGGCAGCGCACAGAAUGACCGAGGGAACCUGCGGACCCUGCGCGGCUACUACAACCAGAGCGAGGCCGGGUCUCACACUCUCCAGUGGCUGCGUGGCUGCGACGUGGGGCCGGACGGGCGCCUCCUCCGCGGGUAUCAACAGGUCGCCUACGACGGCGCCGAUUACAUCGCCCUGAAUGAGGACCUGCGCUCCUGGACGGCGGCGGACAUGGCGGCUCAGAUCACCCGGCGCAAGUGGGAGGCGGCCGGGACUGCUAAGCACCAAAGGGCCUACCUGGAGGGCAGGUGCAUGGAGUCUCUCCAAGGAUACCUGGAGAACGGGAAGGAGACGCUGCAGCGCACAGACCCCCCAAAAACAUACAUGACCCACCACCCCAUCUCUGACCAUGAGGUCACGCUGAGGUGCUGGGCCCUGGGCUUCUACCCGGCGGAGAUCACGCUGACCUGGCAGCGGGACGGAGAGGACCAGACCCAGGACACGGAGUUUGUGGAGACCAGGCCUGCGGGGGACGGAACCUUCCAGAAGUGGGCAGCUGUGGUGGUGCCCUCUGGAGAGGAGCAGAGAUACACGUGCCAUGUGCAGCACGAGGGGCUGUCUGAGCCCCUCACCCUGAGAUGGGAGUCACCUUCCCAGCCCAGCAUCCCCAUCGUGGGAAUCGUGGCUGGCCUGGUUCUCCUUGGAGCUGUAGUGCCUGUGGUGGCUGGAGUUCUGAUCUGGAGGAAGAAGCGCUCAGGUGGAAAAGGAGGGAGCUAUGCUCAGGCUGCUUGCAGCGACAGUACCCAGGGCUCAGAUGUGUCUCUCACGGCUUCUAAAGUGUGAAAAAGCUGUCUUUUGUGGGACUGAGUGAUACAGGAUUUCAUCACGCCCACACUUGUGACUUCAAGAUCUCCUGACUUCUCUUUCUGCUACUGGUGUCUGCAUUUGUCUGCAUUCUUGUGCAUUUAAUGUGAGAAUGUGGGGAGAUUCGCCCACGCCCUCCUCCUCAAGACCCCCUCCCCACACUGACCUGUGCUCCCUUCCCCAGACCAACCUUCCUGAUCCGGCAGAGGUGGGGCUGAGACAUCUCCACCCCUGUCUUAUCUUCUUGUUGCACUGAGCUGCACCUUCUCACCACCCUGUGAAAAUAGUAAUCUAGAUAUGAAUUGAUUUUUUCAAAUUCUUGCCUUGAGGUGGGGUUGAAGGGUUAAUUAUAGAAGAGAAAGAUUCUUAAGAUAUGAGAGGAAAUAAAUAGAAGACUUGAGAACCUUCCGGAA